GUCACUUCCGGGAACAUGGCGGCGCCCAUGGAGCGCUGCACGCCGGCUCUGAUGGCCACUUCUGUCCAGUGAUUGUUAUUUUGGGAUUUUUAAUUGCUGUCAUUGUUUCUGCUCCGCCUCCUGCAGGACUGCGGGUGAGUCACCCUCCAGAGCCGGUCACCUACAAGCAGCGGACAAAAUGGACUCCCCAUCUAAUGGCAAGAGCUCGGGCUUGAAGUUUGCAGAGCGGCAGAUGCAGCGGCAGGGCUGGACGGAAGGAAAAGGUCUUGGAAAACGAGAAGAUGGGAUAUCGGAGGCCAUUAAAGUCAAAGUGAAGUGUGACAAGGCCGGGGUGGGACAUAACGCCGCAGAGCAGUUCACUUUCCAUUGGUGGGAUCACGUGUUCAAUAAAACCGCUUCCAGCAUCUCCGUGGAGCCUGAUCAGGACGGUGUUCAGGUGAAGAAGGUCUCGGGAGAUGACGGCACGGUGUCCAGCAGGAAGCCCCGGAAGGCCAUGUUGUCCCAAAACAUGCUGUACGGACGCUUCAUUAAGUCGGCCACACUGCUGUCGGGCGGGGAGCAGCCGGUGGAAGACGCGUCCUCAUCUCAAGAUACCAGCGACAGCAGCGAAGAUGAGGAUUCAAAACUUGAUCUGUCCUCCGCAACUAAGUUGACUGAUGAGGACCUGGUGAAGAUCUGCGGUGGCCGCACAGCUCACAAAGGAGCAAGGCAUGGACUGACCAUGAACGCCAAACUCUCUAGAAUAGAAGAGCAGGAAAGAGCAUUUAUGGAAAAGUACGGCAAGAAGGAAAUAAAGCCACAACCAACCAAGUCAACAGAUGAGACCAACGGUGAUGACGAGAAGAGAAAUAAAAAGAAAAAACAGAGGGAAGGAAAUGUUGAUGAAGAACAAAACAGCAAUCUCUCCAACACAGAAGUGCCAAAGAAGAAAAAGAAGCAUAAAAAGAAAGAUGGUGAAGAAUUGGUAGAGGUUGUGGCCAAUGGUCAUGACCAAGAACAGGUUCCUUCUAUGGAGGAAGAUACAAUGGCCUUGAAGAAGAAGAAAAAGAAGCCAAAAAAGGGAGACAGUGAAGAAUCGGUGGAAGUUGUUGCCAAUGGUCAUGACCAAGAACAUAAGGAUACAAUGACCUUUAAGAAGAAAAGGAGCAAAGUUCCAGAGAUAGAUGAAGACCACAGUGAUGACCUUUCUGUAGAAAAGAAAAAUACCAGACCUCCAAAGAAGAAAAAGAAAACGGUAGAGCGGGAAGAGUCCAUGUUGAGCGGUCAUGCAGAAGACAGUGUUCAAUCUAUGGAAGAUGGAGACUCCAGACGUGAAGUGGAGGACAGUGAAUAUGAAAAUACUGAAGAGGAGAUACGAAAGUCCAAGAAGAAGAAAAAGAAAAGCAAGAGAACAGAAGAUCACGAAGAGUUGGUCAAGGCUGACGACCACACAGCAUAUUCAGAAGAGGAGCUUUCAAGAAAACCCAAAACUGAGAAGAAGGUGGAUGAGGAAAAUGGAGAAGGAAGGUCGAGAAGGAAAAAGAAAAAACUAAUAGAUAAUGAAGACCUGCCCGAGGAAGAAGAAACCAAAGCCAAGAAGAAGAAAAAGAAAUCGAAAGGCAAGGACAGAGGAGUCUGAGCAGAGGCCAAGGAGAAGCUGGGAUAGAAGACGCUGUGAAUGUCAUGUUGUUGUGGCAGCAUUGGAAGGUAAUAUUUUAUCUUGGUUUAUUUCCUCGAUUCUCAUUUCCCCAAAAACACAUCUCUGGCGGCUUUUAAACCUCUGAAAUGGUUUUGAUACUUGAGACUUACAAGAAAUAAGUCCAUGUGGGACGUGAGGAACCUGCCAAGGAAUGUUGUGGACUCUUAAAGGAUCUUUUUUUAAUAUGUAACAUAUAAAAUAUCACGUCGUUGUAAUAAAACAUGAAUUAUGUAGUAAAAACCAGAGUGACCUCCAUGGUGUACGCCGCGGUAGUGCGACUGACUGUGAGGAGAAGAUCCUCACUCUGCAGAAACUCAUCUUCACAGACAUCAGUAGACCGUGUCCUACACUCAGAGAACCUUAUGUUCAUGUAUGUGCGGUCAUAUCUCUGCCCCAUCUUUACCGGUUACCUGCGAUACAUGUCUGAUUUUACCGAAACUUCCCCACACUAGUAAAUACAAACAGCGCCACUUUGGCUAGCAGGCUGAGUUUGGUAUUGCUCAUUUAAGUGAAUUCAGCCGAG